AUGGCUCGUCCUAUUUUGAAUAAUAUUGCUCACCAAAUGGAAAGUGUCUCAAUCAGUGAAGAGCCUAUUAGGAGAAAAGAUGCUGAACGUGCAGCUAAAUUUAUAUGGGCUCAUCUUCGAAGACACAAUCAAUGGUUUGUCCAGGUGUGUGGUUUAGAACCAAAUAUUUUUGUUAUCAAAUUUAGAAUUUCAGAAGAUAAAGAUGCAAUUUUAUUUGGUGGAGCUAGGAACCUUGAUGGUCAUUUGAUUGUUUUAAAGAAUUGGAAUCUCACUAUGGAUUAUCAUCUGCUGGAUUUUACGGUUUCUCCUUUUUGGUUAGAGUAUAAAUACUUUUUACCUGAGUUCACCUAUGCUGAUAUUCUUAGAAUGUUUGGUAAUAUUGUUGGAGAAUUUAGAGUUAUAGAACCAAAUGGUGUGAAUCCUCCUACAUCUUCUAAGUAUAGAGCUCUUGUUCUCAUUAAUGUGAACACUCCUCUUAUUACUGGUAUAAUUACUGCUAAUGCUGCUUGUGUUGCUAGGUGCAUUGGGUUUUUUAUGAGAAACAACCAUAUCGUCUUUGUCCUGAAUCCUCGACCCUUUGAUGGUAUGCGCCUUUCAAUCUUUUCGGCCACUGAUUCAGAUUCUGGUGCUUCCGCUUCAUAUCACAAUCAAUCUCAACCCUCUUCCUCUUUGAGACCAACUUCUACUCUGACUAGUGACGGUACUAGUACUAGUGGUGUUAAGAAGAGAUAUCGUCGCACUCCCACUUUGGUUAUAACUUAUGAGCCUCAUAUUCCUGAUGCUGAUUUGGAUGACAAUGUUUUUACUACUCAAGUGGAUGAUACUGUCUCUGUUGAAGAUACUACCACUACUUCAGUCAUGGAUAAUAUUUGGGACAUUGCUGCAGCCACUGCUUAUAAUGCACAGAAUCAUACUGAUGCAUGGCAACAGGUUCUUUUGGGUGAUUUAAACUUCACCAUGCAUGACUCUGAAACGCAUAGCUCUAGUGUCACUCGUCCUCAUCAUGCUAGACAUGUUAGGAAUUUCGUUCAGCAACUAGGUCUCAUUGACUUAGGUUACUCAGGCGCUGAUACAACUUGGUCAAAUCAUCAUAGUGGAGAUGAUCAUGUCUCUGCUCGUCUAGAUAGAGCUUUAGUGAAUAAUCGCUGGAUCAACCACUAUACGAAUUCCCAUCUUCAACAUUUAGUACAUGUUGCUUCGGAUCACAGCCCGAUUUUGCUACAUACAGUUCCUUCUGCAACAAAGCAUUCUCCUUUUAAACUCUACAAGUGUUGGUUUAAUAUGGAUUCUUGUACUGAUACUAUUGCACGCAGCUGUCAACAACAAUUUUUUGGGUCUCCUUCUUUUCAGUUUUCUUGUAAAUUAAAACUGACCAGAACUCGGUUGCAGGUUAAGCAUCUUAGCUCUUCCUUGCAACUUCUCAUACAGAAGCUUACCACAUGUGAUAAAUUUCUUGAAGCAGAUAGAAACACUUCUUAUUUUCACUCGAUAACCAAUUACAAUAAGAGAAGGUCAACUAUCAAUUCGAUUCAGGGUCAUUUGGGCAUUUGGUAUGAUAAUAGAAGUGAUAUUGAAGCUAUCUUUAUUAACCGUUUUAAGAAUAUUGCAACUUCUUCUAAGCCUCAGGUUAAAAAUGAGAUUAUGAAGCUUUUUCAUCCAUGUGUUUCAGAAAUACAGAACAAUUGCCUUAUCCAGGUGCCUGAUGCUCAAGAAAUAAAGGAUGUGGUGUUUCAAAUCAAGCCUUGGGCUUCUCCAGGUAAUGAUGGGUUCCAAGAUGGAUUUUAUCAACGUUGUUGGGAUAUUGUCAGCACUGAGGUAAUCUCUAUGCUUCAAUACUUUUUCACACAUAAACAUAUGCUCAAAGCCAUCAAUCAUACCUAUCAGGUGUUAAUCCCUGAAAUUUCAAAUCCAAAAACACCUGCUGAUUACAGAUCCAUAAGUCUGUGCAAUGUUAGCUAUAAAAUUAUUUCUAAAAUUUUAGCUAACCGUCUUAAACCCCUUCUUCCUGACAUUAUCUCUCCUACUCAAAAUGCCUUUGUUGCAGGAAGACAUAUCCAUGCCAAUAUCAUUAUUGCUCAUGAGAUUUUGUAUAGUAUGAAACGUAAAACGAUUAAAAAGGCUUUGGUUGGUUUGAAGUUAGACAUGUCGAAAGCUUUCGACAGGGUUGAAUGGUCAUUUUUGCUUUCCAUCUUUCGGCAAUUGGGUUUUCAUAAUGACUGGAUUAGUUUAAUAGAACAAUGUAUAUCUACUUCAAAUAUUUCCAUUCUUAUCAAUGGUAGUCCUUCUUCAACUUUUUCUCCGACUCGGGGUAUUCGUCAAGGAGACCCUUUGUCUCCUUAUUUAUUUCUUUUUGUCACGAAAGCCUUUUCUAGAAUUUUGCAGCUUAAUGUUGAUUCUAGAUGUCUUUCAGGGAUUAGAAUUAAUCAUCACUGCCCUUCAAUCAAUCAUAUGUUCUUCACAGAUGAUUGUUUGUUAUUUUUUGAAGCUGAUUCUACUCAAAUGAAACAUCUUCAACACUUGCUUCAUAUCUUUGGACAAGCCUCAGGGCAGGUUUUCAAAUUAGCUGAAACUACUCUUCAACAAAUGGAAAUAAUUCAGAGAAGCUAUUGGUGGAACAGUUACAACAAGCCUCGCUCUCAAAAGUACAUUUCUUGGAAAAAGUUGUUGAAAGGUGAACAUUUUCCUCAUCAUGACCUGCGUUUCUUCCCUCCACCGGUUAACUCAAAUUCAAGUUGGAUUUGGCAAAGUAUCUCUAUUGGACUUGAGAUUGUAUUGAAAAAUGUUAAAUGUCGAGUUGGUAAUGGUGCUCAUAUCAACAUCUGGACAUCUAACUGGAUUCCUUCUCUGAACUAUGCUUUACAGGACUGGGGUGAUUUGAAUACUUCUAAUUAUCAACUGGUUUCAUAUCUUAUAGAUACUGAUACUGAACAGUGGAAUGUGUCGCUUCUUAGCCUUCUUUUUACCGCUGAUCAGGUGAACUCCAUUUUAACCAUUCCCAUUCAGUUAGAUCAAGAGGAUAAAUUAAUCCGGUCCUUCACAACCACUGGUAUUUUUACUACUGCCUCAGCUUAUAAGAUGCUUUGUGAUAAUGAUCUGCUAACAGAUAAUUCCAUGGGUUUAUCUCAACAUUUUUGGUUAUCGUACUGGAAGUUGAAAGUACCUUACAAGUUUCAGAUUUCUCUGUGGAGAGCUAUUCACAAUGUUGUUCCAGUAAAAGCAAGAAUUUUCAACCAUGUGCAUAAUGUUGAUUUACACAGUGUGUUUUGCAACCACAAUCAACUGGAAGAUCUGGAUCAUUUAUUACUUCAUUGUCCUUUCACUAAGGAAAUAUGCCAGUAUUUUUUACCUCAUCAGUUUCACUCUAUUUUGCAGCACUCUUCUCUCUUAUCUUGGAUCCAGACUUGGCAACUCAAAGACUCCAUCAUCAGCAUCCAGAAGUCCCCUGAGAUUGUUCACUUAGGUAUGUGCAUUAUGCAUUUCAUAUGGAAACUUAGAUGUAGUUUUGUUUUUAACAAUAUCACUCCCAACCAUAACUCUGUUGUCCAUCAGGUCACUUCAUACAUUGUCCAGCAUCAUCUAGGAAGCACACCUGCUAACUACAACCAUCCUCAUAUUCAUAAUAAUAUUUUACAUCAUAAGUGGGAUCCUCCUCCUAUGCAGUACUUAAAAAUUAAUAUCGAUGCUUCUUAUAAUUCUAGUUCUUUGUUAGCUGGUAUUGGAAUUAUUAUUCGGAACUCUACAGGGGCAUAUGUCAUGGGAAUAGGAGCCUUGAGAAGAGCUAGUAAUAUUCAACAAGCAGAAGCAUGGGCAAUGUUGGAGGCUAUGCAACUGGCAGAUUCAAAUGGUUGGUCUCAUGUGAUUUUUGAAUCUGAUAAUUUGGGAAUUUGUUCUUUUCUUAAACAACAAUCUUCUCUUUGUCACUGGCAGAGUAUGCCUCUUCUGCGAAAAUGUGUAAACAUAUGUAAUAUUAAUCCUGUUUGGUCUUGUAGUUUUGUGUAUAGAUCUAGUAAAAAAGCUGCAGAUGCAAUAGCUAAUUAA